GGAACAUUCAUACCAGUCGACGUUUUACCAUCGCACCGUUACGUUCGUGUCUAUAUACCGCCUCCGAUAUCUUUCUCUGUGUCGGUAGCAUUCAAUUUUAUUGAUAAAAUAAUGUAUUCUCUAAUCAGAUAAAAUUGCACCACAAAAAAAAAUUCAAAGAUAUCUGGUAAACAAGAUUGGACAAAAUAGCAACACGGUGGUGGUCCGUAUUAAGUCGAAAUAUCAAUCAAUUUUCUUCAACAACAAAAAACUUGUUGAGUUCCGGAAUUCCUUUCGAAAGUUUUCUUCUUUUUCGUUUUUUUCCACAACACACAGUGCAAUAUUUUAUACCGUGUAAACUAUCCAAGUUCCAAGCCAACAAGUGUCCACAUUUUGAAAUCCCUCGAUCUUACCAACAAAAAUAUAACUUGUUGAGACUUCUUCAUCUUUUUUUUUUUUUUUUUUCUUUAUGGAAAAAAACCUACCUACAUUAAAAUUAAAAAAUCGUUUUUUUUUUUCUUUUACACGUCCAUCAUAAUCCUAACUCAAGUCAACUUUAUUAUACAAAUCUACCCGAAUAUACAUACCUACAUACAUACGAAUUUAUGCUUAAAAAUAUCAUGUUGAUAAUUAAAUUUAAUUCUUUGUUUUAAAUUGCCACAAGAACAAAAUUAAUUUUUACUUAAUUUUAUAUAUUUAUAUUUAAAACAAAAACAAAGAAGAAACAAAAAAAAAAAAAAAAUGCAAGGACCAGAACAUGUAGUUUCAAUGUAUGUAGCCACAUGUGGCCAAAAUGGACAAGGACUUGGUUCCGAUGAAAAGGAAAUUAUACUUUUAGUAUAUGUUGUCAUCGAUGCUGCGUCAAAUCAGAUUGUUGGUGUUAAGCAAAUUCUGGUGCGACCGAUUGGACAAUUCGGAAAAGAUAGAUCAUUGUCGACAAGUUCGGAUACAUCUAAUACCACAACUGCAGCAACAAAUACUGCUACAACUCCUACAACAACAACGAAUGCAAUCACAUAUGUACCGACAUCGCCCUUAUUGGGGGAUGUUCCACAAAAUGUGAAUGGACCACCGACAAGUGCCGAUCUGCCAAUAGCUAUUGCACAAGCUGCUGGAAAGCCUCUUAGUGAGGCGAUAAAAGAGUUCGACGAUUAUUUACGCUCUCUCUCAAUUGAUCCAGAUUCUGUGUCAAAUUUUAAAUUAAUCACAGAUGGACAAUUUCCAAUAAGACAAUGUUUACAUCCAGAAGCUUGUGCCAAAGAUCUAGAAUUACCCGCAUACUAUUGUAGAUUUAGUGAUUUACGUAAAGAAUAUGUAAAAUAUAAGUCUGGUGAUUUAUCAAGAGCACUUGUUCCAGUUAAAGAUAUUAAAAAAAUACUUCAAACACCAACAGCAAUUAUACCUCAAAGUAUUGCUGAAAUGGUAAAAGAACUCAAUAUAACCACUUGUGAUGAUACAGAAUUUUACGUUAAGGAAUCUCGAGACAUGGUUUCAGUAAUUCAAGCUCUACUAGCCAAAGGCCACAAAUUUGAUAGCAAUGAAAUAGUAAACCUACUACUAGAACCAGGAAUAUGUUCGAUUGAUGACGAAAUAGAUGGUGCCUGCAUAGUACGAGCUAGAGGAUUACCUUGGCAAAGCAGUGAUCAGGAUAUUGCCAAGUUCUUUCGUGGUCUCAACGUGGCAAAAGGUGGUGUUGCACUUUGUUUAUCACCUUUGGGACGCCGAAACGGUGAGGCUUUAGUCCGAUUCGUUUCACAAGAGCACCGAGACAUGGCGCUUAAAAGACACAAACAUCAUAUUGGUAAUCGUUACAUUGAAGUGUAUCGUGCCACAGGGGAGGAUUUCCUGUCAAUAGCUGGUGGCGCCUCAAAUGAGGCUCAAGCUUUUCUAUCAAAAGGUCAUCAAGUGAUAAUUCGAAUGCGAGGAUUACCAUAUGAUUGUACAGCGAAGCAAAUUUUGGAUUUUUUCACAACUGGCAAUGAUCCAUGUCAUGUUCUAGAUGGAACUGAAGGAGUUUUGUUUGUUAAGAAACCCGAUGGUAGAGCUACGGGAGAUGCAUUUGUUUUGUUUUCUUCUGAGCUUGAUUCACCAAAAGCAUUGUCACGACACAGAGAAUCAAUUGGACAGCGUUAUAUUGAAUUGUUUCGAUCAACAACGGCUGAAGUGCAACAAGUUUUGAAUCGGUCAAUGGAUCCAAAAACAUAUGAACCACCACAACCACCACUGAUUGCUCAAUUACCACCAAUGCAAUUAUCACUUUUACCUCAACACAUGAUAACUUCGGGAACAACCAAAAGCUGUAUUCGGCUACGUGGUCUACCCUAUGAAGCCAUGGUUGAGCAUAUAUUGCAUUUUCUUGAUGAUUUUGCCAAAAACAUAAUGUUCCAAGGAGUUCAUAUGGUCAUAAACGCUCAGGGUCAACCCAGUGGAGAAGCCUUCAUUCAAAUGGAUUCGGAAGAAGCUGCACGACAAUGCGCCCAACGCAAACACAAUCAAUUCAUGGUGUUUGGUAAAAAAUAUCGUUACAUCGAAGUUUUUCAAUGUUCCGGCGACGAUAUGAACAUGGUGUUAAGUGGAGGCAUGCAAUCGCCAGUCAAUCAUCAUCAUCCAACGAAACCUUCUCUAUUAUCACCGGGUAUGUUAUCACAACCACAGCAGACAACAACACAAUCAAAUAGUGUCCAUCCUGCAAUUCAAUCCAAUGCGCCUGCUGCGGCCGCCGCAGCAGCAGCUGCAGCCAUGGCGCAGCAACAACACAGUUAUCAACAUUUGUCAGCUGCGGCGGCAAAUUCUCAAGCUGCUGUUGCAGCCAAUGCUGCUGCUGCUGCUGUCAGUGCUGCUAGCCUCAAUCCAUUCAUAGCUAGACAUCAUUCCCUAUCGCAUCAUUCGCCAGCACCAAUGACAGCUUCAUUGCCCAUGCAUAAUGGCCAUCCAAGUGCGGCGACGCAAAAUCUGACAACAGCCGCUGCCAUGCAUAAUCAGCAUCAUUCGAAUUUACAAGGCGCCACUGCUUUGCCAUUCAAUCUGUCCAUUCCGCCACCGCUAACAGCGAAUUCAGCUCUUAUAGCUCAGCAGCAGGCUCAUUUUAUUGCUCAGCAAAAUUUGCUUGCCCGACAAGCUGCUGCUAUGGCUGCUGAGCAACAAGCUCCAAUCUAUCAAAAUCUAAUGAAUCCUUAUCUGCUUCCAAAUCCUGCCGCGGCUGUUGGUGGCAGCCCUGCUGCUGCAGGGCAUCCGCAAUACGUUUUGAUGCCACAAAGGCAUCAGUUUUUUCAGCCUUUUCAGCUGAGUUAUGAUCCGACCGUUUUUCAAUUUACUGGUCAUCCCGGUGCCGCGACUCCAGCCGGUCCUGGAAUCGGCCAAGCCGGUAUUCCUCAGUCAAUGAAACGAUCAUACGAAAAUGCAUUUCAACAUGAUCCCAAUCAAGUUAAUAAUGCUGCUAAACGCACUUUAACCCGUCCCCCACCAGGCAGCAUGUACUUUUAUAAUCCUGGGGUUUAAGGUUUGAAAUAAACCUUGAAAUAAUUCCUGACUUAUUGCAAAAAAUCGACAAUUUUUUUUCUAUAUCAAUGGCAAUAUUAAUGUUUAAGAAAACUAUAUAUAGUUUUAUUUUUUUUUUUUUAAUAUUUUUUUUAUCUACUUUUUACUGAAAAUUAUGUAGAAAAAAAUUCCCUCAAUUUUUAUCAUGCAAGCAUUUACACUAGCUUUAAGUGGAUUUAUUGUUUUUUUUUUUUUUAUUAAAUAAAUCUUACAUUUUAAUUUUUAUUUCUACUUAACUUUAAGUAAAAAAAUAAUUGUUGUUGAAAAUUUGGUGAUUUUAUCAAAAACAAAAACAAAAAAGUUUUAAAAACUGCUUGGACAAAUAUUUUGGAAUUGAUGAAAAAUUUUCUUCUGGCAAUUCUAUGCUGAAGCAUUUCUUAGCUAAAUUAGGGGAAACAAAUUGAAUGAGGCUAACAAAAAUAAUUUCAUAAAUUUCUACAAAGUAGUAACUAAUUAAAAUCUAUUGAAUAGUUUCGGAAACUUAAAAUACCAAACAAGAAAUCUCAUGAAAGAAAUCUAUCAUGAGAUUUUUUUCUUUUAAAAAAACUGUGUGGAUAUUUAUGAAAUUAAUUUUGUCAGGUGUUGGGCUAAAAAUUGGUUGAAUUGUGUUCGAUAUUUAGGAAUGGUUAUCUUCUGGAUGUUUAGGAAAAAUAUAAACACACAGAAAUAAAAUUAAAAAAAUUAUUAUUAAUUAUAAAUAUUUAUCGAGAAAAUUUGAAAAAUGACAAAAAAUAUUUUAUUCAAUCAUGAAUUUUUUUUUUUAAACAACUUCAAAUCAUUGUGUAUUUUUUAACUUUCAUAUUUUAUUAAUAUCUGCAUUAAUUUUUUUUAUAUAUAUACAUUUACAUAUAAAAAAAUACAUUUAAAAACAAAAUAAUUUUCAAUACUUAAUAUUUGUAAUUGGUGGUGUAAGUCGCAAAGUCUUUUUUU